CCUCACUCCAGUCUCAUGCAUCCCCUAACUACCGCCGCCUUUGCGCUCCUCCUAGUAGUCACCGUGUCUGCCAUCACCCACCAAGUCAUCACCAUCGAGGCCGAGGAUGGUGCCCUCGAGUUUCCCAUGACAGCCUACGCGGGCUCACCCCUCCCUGGCGUUGGUCUGCCGUCCGGCGGCCUGUAUACCGCUGUCAAGACCAACAACAACUAUCAGCCCGUCGACGUGAACGGCACUUAUGUCUGCAGGAUCAGCGGCUACGAGCCGCCCGGGAACAACGACCACGUUGUCUCCAACGGCUUUGUCUCGGCUGCCUUUACCCUUGUCGAGCCGGCGGUCAUCAAGGUGGUGAGCCGAGUCCUCGUCCCGAGAUCUUCAGCCAACUCGUUCUUUCUCACGGUUGCAUCGCCGGAAGCGCCGGGAGCGCCGCUUGUGCCGCACACCGAGUGGCACCUUGACGACGCGGAAGACUGGAUCGAGGCCACCAUCCCGACUGAGUGCCUCAUCGCCCCGGCCGGGGCACUCAAUGUCACCCUCCAGUACCGCGAGCGCGACACGGCCGUGGAUUGGAUCCGUGUCACCACCGACUUUGCCGGCCCCCGCCUGGUCAACCUCCGUGGCUGUCCCACGGUUGUAGAUCUCGCCACCAAUUCGUCGCGCAUGGCCUGCCCGUCGUCGGGCACCUCGGGCACGCUCCUCCAGAUCGUCGGUACCAACUUCUGUGGUCUUGGCAUGGUCGCCGUCGACAUUGAUGGUGUACCCGCCUCGAUCGUCUCCUUUGCACCCAACUCGGGCUGCAAUGCAGACGCCAUCCAUCCCGAUGGCACCCACGUUCUUCUCGUUGAACUUCCGCGUCUAGCGGGCACCAAUCGUCUCCUCUCGGUGGUUGUCAACGACAAGCGGGCCUCGCUGCCCAUUUCUUUUGCCCCGCCCGUCGUCACCGCCGUCACCGGCUGCGGCUCCGGUGCUUCCGACUCGGGCGCACUCGUCCUCACAAACUGCGCUCGCUCUGGCGGCGAUCGCAUCACUCUCUACGGAACCGAUCUGGGCUAUCCGGGUGCCAAUGUUUCGGUCAUGAUCGGCUCGGAAGUCUGCACGGACAUCACCCAUCCGCUCGAGGCAAAGCCGACGGAAGCCAUCGAGUGCUCGGUCCCGCCCGGCACCUCUACCGAUCUCCGCCUUUCUGUCUCGGUUGAAGGCCAGUCUCCCAUCGCGUCGUACUCACGCGCCGUUGUCUCGCUCUCUUACUUUCAGGUCGGCUGCAAUGCACACGGGUGUUCCGGCAACGGCGCCUGCGACGCGCUCUCGGGUGCCUGCUCAUGCAACGUCUGGUUCCGAGGCGAGCGGUGUACCUCAGACACCCGCAUCGUCAUCCUUCUUCCUGUCCUCCUCGUCGCCCUCGGCUGCUGCCUCACCGUCAUCGGCGUCAUCUUCUAUCGCCGCAAGGCAGUGACCUACAAGCUCACCUCGGACUCGUCGCUGGUCAUCGAGCCGGACGCGCUCUCCGUCGGCCGCAAGGUCGGCCACGGCUCGUACGGUGUCGUCUUUGCGGGCGUCUGGCGCUCCACCCCGGUCGCCGUCAAGCAGAUGCACGCCAAGACGCUCAAACCAGCCCAGCUUCGCGAGUUUGUCGACGAGGCCAGCAUGCUGCUUCGCCUCCGACACCCCAACAUUGUCAUCUUUAUGGGUGUCACCCUCGAGCCGCCCGCCAUUGUCACCGAGUUUAUGCCGCGUGGCUCGCUCUACGACGUUCUUCAUGCCCCGAACAUCUUUCUAGACUCGUCGAUCGUCUUCAAGUGGGCACACCAGAUGGCCCAAGGCCUUCAGUUUCUCGCCCACUCGGAUGUUGUUCACGGCGAUUUUAAGUCGCUCAACGUUCUCUUUGACUCCAACUGGAUGCCCAAGAUCUGCGACUUUGGCAUGGCCUCGGUCAAGGGCGACACCGGUCUACACGCUGUCUCCGGGCCGUCAUCGUCCAAAAAGGGCAAGCAGAGUCGCAGGCGGAGCCGCGCCACUGCCCGCGUCGGCCCAUCGGCGACUGCGAGCACCACCAGAACUUCCUCCAUGCACGCCAUCUCGCUCGGCUCGCUCCGGUCAAAGUCUGGCACCGGCGCCAAUGGCAGCAAGAGCGCCCCCGGUGCCGUCGCAAACGUUGGCACCCUUUUCUGGGCUGCUCCCGAGGUCCUUGUCUAUGGGGCUGCUGGCCUCUCGACUGCUGCAGAUGCCUUUGCCUUUGGCGUCACUCUCUGGGAGCUCGCCUCGCGCGAUCACCCUUACGCAGGCGAGAAUCCUCUCGCCGUCGCCCUUGAGGUUGUCGAAGGCCGUCGUCUCCCGCUCACUGCAGUCCCGCCCAACCUGCAGCCCCUUGUCGGCAUUAUCACCGGUCUCUUUGUGGGGGAACCCGAGUCCCGCACCACCCUCGACAACCUCAUCGCCGAGCUCAGCACCCUCUAUGACUCUUCGGCGGUCAUCUACCCCACCACCGCCGCAAAGCCCUCGGGCCGCAUCAUCCUUGCCCAUGCCGCCCUUCUCGACCACGAGGCUCGCUUCCUCAUCGACCCUAUGGACCUGUGCGCCGAGCUCAUCACCUUUCACUCUUCCUUUGAUCGCAUCACCUCGGGCGCAGGCUGCGCCAUUAUUGCCCGCAGCUUGACCUCGGUCUCGUUCUCGGCACACACACCAUCGCAGCUCGCCACCGUUCUCUCGCAUCUCGAUGCCUUUGCUGAAAAGUCUGUUGCCUCGCUUGGCAUGGUCGUCGCCAGCGAGACCAUCACAUCGACGACGGACGACGCAGGCACGAACCGUCUCGAGGGCCCCGUUGUCGCACUUGUCACCCGCCUCUGGCUACAUCUCUUUGGCUCGUCUGCCGCCUUUUCGCUCUCAUCGCUCGCGCCGAACCUGGCCUCGGCAGCCAUCGCCGACACGAAAACGCCGCCCACCGCCACCGGAGUCCUGCCUGUCCGCCGCGGUGUUGCUGUCACCACCGAUCUGGUCUCUCAGCUUAACCUGCCGGAUGACGUCGCCGUCUCGCCUGUCAUUGCGUGGCCAAAGCCGCCGCAUCUCGCCUCUCCCGCCGCUGCCUCCUACUGCCUCGUCACCUCCGACGACACCAUACCGGGUCUAGUCCCGCUGGAUUCGGCAGUCGGCUCGGAGGACAUCUCAUCGAACAUUGUCGCCGCAACUGCUCAUACCUCGGUGGUUUUGGCGUCGUCGUACAAGGAGGGCUCACUCCCUGCAAUCUCGGAUGCCGGCGAGAGCUCGCCGUCUCCUGGUUUCGUCAAGAAAUCGUUUGCCUUGUCGACCGGCACAAUCGCGGCCCCGCCAGUCCGGCAAUGCGAGCUGCCAUCCCCAUCGCUCUCCACCCCUUUCAUCUCGGAGCUGUCCAAUGAGGUGCCGUCGCCCAUCCGGCCGCGUCUUGCCAUCGACCCAAAGUCGUGGAUGAUGCCCGCCAGCACCGUCCAUGCCAUCGUUUCGGGUGCCACAAGAACGUACACCGGCUCGUACGCCAAGAUCUACGAAUCCGACUGGAAAGGCCGGCCUGUCAUCGUCAAGAUCAUGCUCCGCCAGUCGUUCAAAAUGCCAGAGCUCAUCAAUCUGGUCGCCCUUGCUGGGCGUGCUUCCCGCGGCGCCCGCCCUGGCCUCGUUGCUCCCAUCGCUGUCUCGGUCUUUGAGCCUUACAUCGGUCUCGUCUUUCCACACUACUCGGCCGGAGGCCUCAAUACGCUCCUCGACGGCGCCGCAACCAAGUCCAAGUCCUCGGCCUCCACACCUGUUGCUUCCAUCGGCAACCUCCGCGUUCCACUCAACGCCUACAACGUCCGCACUAUUCUCAUCUCGACCGCGUUGUCGCUCUACAGGCUGCACACCGACGUCGGCAUGGCUCACGGCUCGCUCAAGCCGGCCAACAUCCUGCUCUUGCUCAACACCGACGGUUCCGUUUUGGAGGCAGACCUCACCGACUUUGGCCUCUCCGGCAUCAAGGCCAACCUUGGCACGAUGACUGUUGUUCCCACCGUUGCCUACACCUCGCCGCAGGCGCUCCGUGGCAACGACGAGUCGCUCUCCUCAGACAUCUUUGUGUUUGGGACCCUCAUCUACGAACUCUCCUCGCGGUCGCCGGCGUUUACCGGCAGCAACGCCCUAGAGGUUGCACAUCGCAUCCUCAACAGCGUCUUUCCGGACACUUUGUCGCUUCCACCCGCACUCGCCCGCUUGGUGGAAGAGUGCUGGGCCGAGGACCCGGCUGAGCGGCCCGAUGCCGCCAACCUGCUCGCACGCCUGCAAGCGCUUGAUGCCUCUCACUACGUGCUAAAGAAAUAAACUGCAAGCGCGCUUUCCUUUCACA